AUGGCGCCUGGAGGUGGCGGCGGCGGCGUGAACCCUUUCCUCAGCGAUUCGGACGAGGAUGAGGACGAGGUCUCGGCGACCGACGAGCGGCGGGCAGGACUUCGGCUGGGUGCCGGGGGCAGCCUAGAUCCGGGCUCUGCGGACUCGCUGUCGCCCCAGGACCCCCUGCUGCGCGAUCAGUACCCACUGACCGCCUUGGGGCUGCACACUGAGUUGUUAGAGAGAGGGAGCGUGCUCCCUCGGCUGCGCGACUACUUCCCCAACCCUGACAACUUCGAGGGGCAGAGCGGGAUCCCGCCGGGGACGGGGGCGCCGCGGGUCCCCGGGGCGACCGGCCUUGGAGGCGCAGGAGGUUGGGAACCGAGUACGACGGCGGGUGGGGGACAGCUCAAUCGAGCCGGGAGCAUCAAUACCCUUGAUUCUUUAGACUUUGCAAGAUAUUCAGAUGAUGGUAACAGGGAAACAGAUGAGAGAGUGGCAGAACAUGAAGUUCCUUUACAGGAACAAAAAAAUUACAAAUCAAGUCCUGAAAUUCAGGAGCCAGUCAAACCUCUUGAAAAGAGAGCUCUAAACUUCUUAGUCAAUGAACUUUUUUUGAAUAAUAACUACAAGCUGACAUCAAUAACGUUUUCAGAUGAAAAUGAUGAUCAGGAUUUUGAACUAUGGAAUGAUGUAGGAUUAAACAUUCCCAAACCUCCAGACUCGCUACAGCCCUACCGAGAUUUUGGAAAUCAUCAAGUAACUGGAAAGACCUUGUGGAUGUGGCCAGUGAUGUAG